AACUGUGAAACUUGAUGUACCAUGGUACACCCUGAUCUUGGAAUAGCCCAAAGGUCAACAAAAUGGCGGACAAGUCGGGAGAAGCUGUAGGUCUUGGUAGACUUACCGGCAGGAUUGCCGUUGUUACAGGUGGCAGUGGUGGAAUCGGGGGUGCAAUUUGCCAGCUAUUCGCUAGGGAAGGAGCCUCUGUUGCCGUAGUGGGUACAAAUGAGGACAAAGGUCAAGAGAUGGUGGCGUCUUUACCAAACAUGGGAUCACAACAACACCGCUUCUACAAAACUGACGUGACGUCUUCCAAGUCUAUUAAUGCAAUGGCCACUGCUUUGAAGACAGACUACCCAAGUGCUCCCUCCGUGGUAGUGACAUGUGCCGGUGUGGCCAUACCGUCAUGUUUUCUGGAUAUGGACGAGGAAACGUACGACAAGACGACCAACGUCAACCAGAAGGGAACGUUUCUUGUAGCUCAGGCCAUGGCGAGACUCAUGGUAGAAGACAAAGUGAAGAACGGUUCCAUCAUCACCAUGGGAAGCAUUUGUGGAAGGGUUGGCCAAGACAACUUUACUCACUACUCGGGCACAAAAGGAGCAGUCGUGUCCAUGACAAGGGGCAUUGCGAAGGAACUUGCUGAGUAUGGCAUCCGUUGCAAUGUGGUCGUUCCUACUGUCAUUGAAACCAACAUCGUAGACAAGUCGUUAGAGAAGGCGAGAGCGGAGUAUGUUGAACAGAAAACGUUCUUGAAACGAGCUGGUAAACCAUCCGAGGUGGCCAACCUGUGUCUGUUCCUAGCAUCGGACGAGAGCAGCUACAUGACCGGCCAAGUGGUGGAUAUCACUGGAGGACAAUAGGAUCAACCAGUGAGAUUGGAUGGCGGUUACAGGCUUGCCCUGUCUACACAAUAAAAUUUUACAUCGUAUAAAGGAUGCACUAGUAUCUGUAUCUGAAAAGCCGG